AGAGAUGGACAGAACCUCACAGAGGCCGAGCUCAAGGACAUGAUCAACGAGGAGGAUGCUGAUGGCAACGGAACAAUUGAUUUCCCUGAAUUCUUGACGAUGAUGGCCCGGAAAAUGAAAGACACUGAUUCUGAAGAAGAAAUUCGUGAGGCUUUCAGGGUUUUCGAUAAGGACGGCAAUGGCUUUAUCUCGGCCGCUGAGUUACGUCACGUGAUGACCAACCUGGGGGAGAAGUUGACGGACGAGGAGGUGGAUGAGAUGAUCCGGGAGGCGGACGUGGACGGUGACGGGCAGGUCAACUACGAGGAGUUUGUGUCAAUGAUGUUAUCUAAAUGAGCUGAGUGGACGUGUCUAGACCUCCAUUCCUGUUACAUACUAUAUAACAAUAUCCUUUGUUGAGUAAUCAUUCCAAGCGUGGCACGUGGCUGUAGAGUUCAUCUUCCUUCCCUGGGCAUCACGCCAGCACAGCCGAGGUUCAAACCCGGACCACGCACGAAGACCCCGAAGAAAAA